AUGCCCAAUCGCAAGAUUGCCCGCACCGACUACGACUAUGUCUCGUUUGUCGGUGACGCCGCCCACUUUGUCAUGCUCCUGGCUCUCAUCCUCUACAUUGUGGGCGUGGCCACGCCUGCCUGGAUCGAGCACGACAUUAAAAACAAUGGCGACCAUGUGAUCGUGGGCCGCGGUUUCUUCCAGACCUACGAAGACGAUCCCAACGGCCUCAUUACCCUUUACACCUAUGCCAUCAAAGACCAAAAUGGUUACAAGCAAGAUCCUUUUUGCGGUUCCAAUAACGCAACGCUCCAAUCCAGCUACCUCAGCCGCCUCGGCGUGACCCGCUCCCGUGACAACAAUGGCCGCAACUGGUGCCGCACUCGUGAUGCCGCCGCCGCCAUUGCCAUCAUUACAGUCCUGGCCGCUGCGUUUGCCCUGACCCUAUCUUUCUGUCUCCAACGUGGCUGCUGCUCCGUGCUCUUCUUCGUCAUUGCCCUUUGCGUUGCCGGCUUUAUGGGCUUUUUGACUAGCUCCAUCAUGGGCGGCUACUUGGAAGACGAAAAGAAGCGCAUCUCGGGUGUGCCGGACGACGAACGCAUGUACCCCGGGCCCCAAACCCUCGGCGUUGGCUAUUCCUUUGCCAUCUUCAUGGUUGGCUUUGCUUGCAACGUGGUGGCCAGCCUCUUGGCAAUGAUUCUGGCGGGUCCGCUGGCUACUCAGCUGCUAGGUGCCUAUGGUGCUGACAUCAUUAAGAUUGAACCCCCAGCUGGUGAUGAGACGCGGCGAUGGGGACCGCCUUUUUUACCAAACGGAACAGCAUCCUACUUUACUGCCGUCAAUAGCAACAAGCGGUCGUUGACCCUGGACCUCAAGCAAGAACGCGAACGCGAAGCCCUCCGGAAAAUGGUUGCAAGCAGUGACGUGCUGCUCCACAACUUUACACCUGCUACUGCGAAGAAGCUUGGCGUGGAUUAUGACACGCUCGGCGCCCUCAACAGUCGCCUCAUCUACUGCGAGCUGACAGGUUAUGGCUCUUCGGGACCUCUAGCAAAUCGACCAGGCUACGAUCUCAUAGCCGCCAGCCUCAGCGGUUUGAUGCACAUCACUGGCGAACCAGAUGGUCCACCAGCCAAGACUGGCGUGGCCAUUACAGACGUCGUGACCGGCCUGUACACUCAUGGGGCCAUCUUGGCCGCGCUGUACGAACGGGAGCAUUCUGGCUUGGGCCAAAAGAUUGAGACAUCGCUGCUUGAAGCCCAGCUGAGCGUGAUGGCCAACACGGGAGUCAAUGCUCUUCAAGCGCAACAACCUGGCCGUCGCCAUGGCAGUGCCCACCCAAGCAUUGUUCCCUAUCAGUCCUUCCCUGCUAAGCAAGGACACAUCUCAAUUGCUGCCACAUCUGAACGUCAAUUUCAACAUUUGUGCCAACUCUUGCAAUGUGACCAUUUGGCCCAGGAUGAACGAUUUGCCUCGAAUGCUCUUCGCGUCCAACACAGAGAUGCCUUGAUCACCAAACUGACCGAUACCUUGGCACAGCGCUCUGCGUGUGAGUGGGUCAGCCACUUUGAACAGGGCGAGGCCAAGUUUGCGUAUGGCGAGAUCCUCAAUGUUUGCGAGGCUUAUGCUCAGCCCCAGGCUCAAGCACGCGACAUGGUUCAAUCAGUUUCAAUGGCCGAUGGUCACGAUAUUUCGGUCCCGGGCCUGGCUGUCAAGUUUGCGCGCACUCCCGCCACCCUCCACAUGGGACCGCCAGAUCUUGAUCAGCAUCGCCACAGCCUGAUCGCCGAAUUUGAGCUUGACAUUGAUCCUUGA